AUGGCAGGUAAGCUACUUUUGUAGCCGGGACAGGGUCCCCAUACCACUCACUUGCUGCUAUGUGGCCUGAAUGCAAGUUUUAACUUACACAGCAUUUGACUCUAAAUGGAUUGGUGAACUGACGCUAGCUAAGUAAUGAUUCCAAUAUUGUUGUUAUGCAGGAGUUGCCGGUGGAAAUGAUUUUCAGUGGUGUUUCUCACAAGUGAAGGGAGCGAUAGAUGAAGAUGUUGCAGAAGGUGAGUACAGUAACGUUAGCUAGUUAGGUUAACGAGUGAGUUAGCUAACGUUACUAGCGUUUGAGCUAAAAUGUGAUCAAUGAUGUGAUGCUGUAAUCUUAUUAUUUCGCUAACUACGCCUUUGACUUACUGUCUUUCCACAAACAAAGUCAUGACACUGCAUGUAUAUGAGUACCACUGCUGGGCAAUGCUGAGUUUGUUUUUCUAACUAGCUAACGUUAGCAUGUGAGCUAGCUCUUCUUGCUUGCAAAUCAAGUUGGCUAGAAUUAUUAGCAAGCUGUUUUACCCAAACAACCUCCCCCUGUAACUUAUGUCCCGCACAUGUAUGUAACAUAUAAUAACAAUUAGGAAGUCAGAAUACGUCUCAAUUAUUGUAAUGUAGGUAGUAAGAUAAACGCACUGUCGUAAACUAGCGCGUCAUCUUGCUAACUACUGUAGCUAGUUAUGUGGGGGCGAGUUUGUCAGUGACGUCAAAGGGCUGCGUCGGGAAUAUGGCAAUUGAACAUUCUGAAGCAGUAGGGAGGGAGUCAGUUUGUUUGAUUCAUUCAAAGUCAUAGUCAUUUUUCUUGCGUUGACUGAUAUUGCAACUAUUUUCAGGGAUGCAAAUAUUGAAAUCCACACGCUGCUCUGUCGGCUACUAUGCAUAGUGUGUGCACCCAUGAAAGUUGCACCAUGAUUGUUUUUUUUAAAUAUUGGUUUUGGUGUUAUUCUUUACCAGGUGCUGUUCUUUUGCUGAUGUGUAUCUAUUUGAUUAGAACAGCCCUUAUACAUUACACAUGAUCAUGUUCCAGAAUCCAGAUUUAAUGUGACAUGUCCUCAUUUCAGCUGAUAUCAUCUCAACGGUUGAAUUCAACCAUUCUGGAGAGUUGCUAGCAACUGGAGACAAGGGAGGCAGAGUUGUCAUAUUUCAACAUGAACAGGAGGUGAAUUUUAUAAUGACAAGCUAAAUGUAUUUUCAUGAACACUGACAUACAUUUUUGGAGUCAGGUAUGAUAGGUUGUUAUGGAAAGAAAGGCACUGGAUGAAAUUCUAAAUAUAAAACAUGCUUAAUAUCCAAGUUUGUCACGCAGUGCACAUCUACUUUUCUCUUUCAGUGUAAGAAUCGACCACACCUGCGAGGGGAAUACAACGUUUAUAGCACUUUUCAGAGUCACGAACCUGAAUUUGACUACUUGAAAAGUUUAGAAAUUGAGGAAAAAAUUAACAAAAUAAGAUGGUUACCCCAACAAAACUCAGCUCACUUUCUACUCUCAACAAAUGGUAAGAACAUUUUGCUUUAACCUACUAACCUUUUUGUUAGGUUCUCUUCACCCUCAACAUACUUUUUUUUUUUUUUUGUACAGACAAAACGAUCAAAUUGUGGAAAAUCGGUGAACGAGACAAGCGGGCUGAGGGUUACAACUUGAAAGACGAAGACGGACGUCUCAGGGAUCCCUUUAGAAUUACCUCCCUCCGGGUUGGUUUAAUGUUGCUUUACCUUUUAAGAUUUCAACAGACACUGUACAAGGAAAAACACAGGCUCUGCAUGCUUAUAGCUUCCUCCCCUGAAUAAAUCUGUCCUGUGGUUACAGGUACCAGUGCUGAUGCCCAUGGAUCUCAUGGUAGAAGCAAGUCCUCGUAGGGUGUUUGCCAACGCUCACACAUAUCAUAUUAAUUCAAUUUCUGUAAAUAGCGAUCAUCAAACGUACCUCUCCGCUGAUGAUCUAAGAAUUAAUCUAUGGCACUUGGAAAUCACAGACCGAAGUUUUAGUAUCCUUUUCUGAAAACGUAUCAGUCCCCAUCAUCAUGACUUUUAGAUGCAAAUGUUUGCUUCGUCCAAACUGUCCUCUAUUAGCGUAUACAGUUCUCAAUUUCAGUUUAGAUUUAGGUGUGAACACCAAAAGUUUCUUCAAUUUCAACUUAUUUCAGAAGAGAUAGUGAAUCGUGCAAGGGAGCCAAUGUUUGACGCCUUUAGACCUAUUUCAGUUAAUUUCCUUAACAGUGUGUUCUCAGACAUUGUAGACAUCAAGCCUGCCAACAUGGAGGAACUGACAGAGGUGAUCACAGCGGCUGAGUGCCAUCCAAACCAAUGCAAUGUAUUUGUGUACAGCAGUAGCAAAGGCACCAUACGCCUCUGUGACAUGCGAACAGCAGCACUCUGCGAUAGGCACACCAAGUGUGAGUAUUCAUAGAGCCUUGUUCUCUGCAUUCUAAAUGAUGUUCAUUCACAGAUAAAUUAGUUUAGAUUGUCUAUUUUCAGGGGUUUUGUCUGUCCUUUUGAAUAUUUCCACGUUUGUGAUUGCAGUCUUUGAGGAGCCUGAGGAUCCAAGCAGCAGGUCGUUUUUCUCUGAGAUCAUCUCGUCCAUCUCUGACGUGAAGUUCAGUCACAGCGGGCGCUACAUGAUGACACGGGACUACCUCUCCGUCAAGGUGUGGGACCUCAACAUGGAGAACAGGCCAGUCGAGACGUAUCAGGUACCUACAUUGCUCUUCCUAGUGAUAACACUACCAAUAACGGCAUCAUUUUUAGUGUGGUCCACAAUUGUCCAGUUAGGUGUAUAGAAUAGCUGGAAAGAUGCAAUUAUUUUCCAAAUACACUAAUCAACAUUCUCCCGCUCAGGUUCACGAAUACCUUCGCAGCAAGCUUUGCUCGUUGUAUGAAAAUGAUUGCAUCUUCGACAAGUUUGAGUGCUGCUGGAACGGUAGCGACAGGUAAGAAACUCUAGCACUUUCUCUGUUUAAGGCAUUCUGCAACUACUAUGUUGUUAUUUGGACAACUUUUCUGCCAAUAUGUACAUUUUUAAGGAGUAUCUUUGGAGAAUUAUAAAUUACCCAGGUUCCUUCCUUUCUCAGUGCCAUCAUGACCGGCUCCUACAACAACUUUUUCCGGAUGUUUGACCGGAACACGAGGAAGGACAUUACACUGGAGGCCUCCAGGGAGUGCAGCAAACCGCGGGCUACACUCAAACCCCGCAAAGUCUCCACCGGUGGCAAGAGGAAGAAAGAUGAAAUCAGCGUGGACAGCCUGGACUUCAACAAGAAGAUCCUGCACACCGCCUGGCACCCCAAAGAAAACGUCAUCGCUGUGGCGGCCACCAACAACCUGUACAUUUUCCAGGACAAGAUCAACUAA